UUCUUUUUUAUUUAAUUAUUCAUAACUCAUUUUCGUGGACCUGUCUAUUUAACUCUGUUUUUUUUUUUUCUAUGCUUUACUAUUCUUCCGCUAUUUGCAGCGACUAACAAACAAUAGCGGGACGGGAGGAUCUCUCAGGGUUUAGGUGAUGGCUUCAAAGCGGAUAUUGAAGGAGCUCAAGGAUCUCCAGAAAGAUCCUCCUACCUCUUGCAGCGCUGGCCCUGUUGCUGAAGACAUGUUUCAUUGGCAAGCAACUAUUAUGGGUCCUCCAGAUAGCCCGUAUGCCGGUGGGGUGUUUCUAGUCACCAUUCAUUUCCCUCCGGAUUAUCCAUUUAAACCACCCAAGGUUGCAUUCAGGACAAAGGUAUUUCACCCUAAUAUUAACAGCAACGGUAGCAUUUGCCUUGAUAUUUUAAAGGAACAGUGGAGCCCUGCCCUCACCAUAUCCAAGGUGUUGCUGUCAAUCUGCUCACUCCUGACGGAUCCAAAUCCUGAUGACCCUUUGGUGCCGGAGAUUGCCCACAUGUACAAAACGGAUAGGAACAAGUAUGAGACAACCGCUCGGAGCUGGACCCAAAAAUAUGCUAUGGGUUAAAGUGCUACUACGUAUGUAAUAGGAGGGCUUCAUUCCCUGUGACUUUGGUCUUUAAAUUAAUUGUGUGAUUUGUCUCCUCUUUACAUACUGGACCUAGCCCUCCUUAAAAACCAAUUUUCUUGUUAGUUGUUUGUAUGAAAAUUAUGUUUCAAAACUUAAA